GCUUCUCUUUCCAAUUUCAAUGUUGCGGCUCGUCAGCCUUGCCUCUCAAUUUCAUCUUCCUCCAUCCAACAACCUUCCGUAAAUUUUCCGAUUCUGGGCCAUGUCACAAUGGCGGCGGAUCCUUUCGAAGUUCGGAUGCGCUUUAGCGGCCAGCUUCAACACUUGAAUGCAAGCACUACCGCUGCCCAGAAAGCUGCCCAGUAUGCAAUGAAGUACAAGGAUAUGGAGGAGGACCUGCACUCCUGUAUCCUCGAGCAGCUUGAGAAGACUAGUAUGAAUACACGUGCAAACAUCAUGUACUUUUUGGACCACCUGCUGGAGAUGGCAUCAAAGGAUCGCCAGAACCAGUAUGUCCGAAUGAUGCAGAGAGAUAUCAUUCGAGUUGUCGAUGCAGUCUGUCCGGAAGAUGGAUCUGGUGCUGCCAAUGUCAAAGUUGUCCGACGGGUGCUUCAAAGCUUAAUGAACAAGUCUAUCCUGCUCGAACAGACCGUGCUCGAGAUUGAAGGCUGUCUUAAAGAGCGCGAUACCUCCAUUGACCUUGGCUUCUCUUCACCCGCCAAUGGCGACGACGCUUCUCGUUCGCGUAAUGGCAACGGUGCUGCUAGUUCUCACCGUCUCGACAAGCGCCAGAUUGAGCAGCGCAUCGAAGAGGAUCGUGAGCGACACAAGCGUAUGCGCGAGAGCAUGUGGGCGGUUCCCGGAACCAUAGAGGAGGAGGCAAUGAAGCUUCUCGAAGAAACGAGCGAUCUUGGAGAAGAUGAUCAUAUCCUAGGCCGCGAAGAGUGGGAGGAGUUUCAGCGGGAAGCUGAGAUGAGCAAAUGUCACCAUCUCCGACAAAGAGAUGCUACCACCAAUGGGUCUUCAUCGCACUAGGACGCGUCGCCCAGCCGACUUAGCAAAUCCCAGAGGGCAACAAUAAGACGCCGACAGUCUCGAAAGAAGCGUCGUUGCAUGGAACAUCUAAACAACCGCUUCCUGGCGCUGUCAACUAAUAAUGCAUCGCGUGG